AUGAGCGCCAACGCGACCAUCCUGGGCCCCAAUGUCUUCGUCUUCGACCCUAGCAUGCCCGCUUCCGCGGUGCAGGCCCAGGCGACUGACAUUUUCAGGCGCAUGGAGUCCAACGAGUUCGGCAGCGAGCGCUACGCCCUUCUCUUCAAACCCGGCGUGUACGACGUUCUCUUCGACGUGAGUUUCUACACCUCUGUGUGCGGGCUAGGCCAGAACCCAGACGACGUCCUCAUCCGGGGCGGCGCCAAUGUCCCGGCGUACUGGAUGCCCAACCGGAACGCCACGUGCAACUUCUGGAGGUCUUUUGAGAACUUAGCCAUCGAGGCAUCCGAUGCGACUAACAAGACGACUACCAUUGCUGUGUCGCAGGCUGCACCGCUCCGGAGGUUGCAUAUCAGGAGUCCCAACGGCCUCUGGCUGUUCCAGGUCGACCCUGACACGCAUGCUGGCGGCUGGGCCAGCGGUGGCUACAUGGCGGACACGGUCGUCGACGGCCAGGUCCUCCCUGGCUCCCAGCAGCAGUGGCUCUCGAGGAACAGCAGAUGGGGCAGCUGGGCCAAUGGCGUGUGGAAUAUGGUCUUUGUCGGCUGUGACAAUGCUCCUAGCCAGGCCAAUUGGCCUAAGGAACCAUACACCACGAUUGAUCAAACACCCAUUAUUCGCGAGAAGCCAUAUCUCUACGUCGAUGGGCAAGACAAGUUGGCUGUCUUGAAACCAGCUUUGCAGAGGGAUACCAGAGGGCCGACAUGGAUGAAUGGUGCUACUCAAGGGGGUUCAAUUCCCAUUGAAGCAUUCUACGUGGUCCAGGCCGGCGUGGGUGCUGCAUCUAUCAAUGAGGCACUCAGCUCGGGCAAGCACAUUUUGUUCACACCAGGUGUCUACAAUCUCGACGAUGCUUUGAGAGUCACUCGCCCAGACACAAUCAUCUUGGGCCUAGGAUUCCCAUCUCUGGUACCAAGUACCGGUAAAUCUGCUAUUUCUGUAGACGACGUCGACGGUGUCACAGUAGCAGGUUUGAUCAUCGACGCCGGACCCGUCAACUCGCCCUCUCUUCUCGAGGUGGGUCCCCGGGGCAGCUCUGCCGGGCACUCCUCCAACCCGACAUUCCUGUACGACCUUACGAUCCGCACCGGUGGCGUCCAAGCCGGCAGAAACGACGCCGGAAUAAUCAUCAACAGCCACGACGUCGUAUGCGACCAGCUGUGGCUAUGGCGCGCCGACCACGGGCCCGCGACGUGCGCAGGGUGGGACGUCAACCCCACACGGAACGGCAUCGUCGUCAACGGGGACCGCGUCACGGCCUACGGGCUCUUCAACGAGCACCACGAGGAGUACCAGACUCUGUGGAACGGGAACCACGGGCGGGUGUACUUCUACCAGAGCGAGAUCCCGUACGAUCCCCCUUGCCAGGAGGCGUAUAGGUCGGAGCACGGCGCCCGCAACGGGUACGCAUCGUACAAGGUGGCUGAAUCGGUGGAGAGUCACGAGGCCUGGGGCCUGGGCGUGUACUCGUAUUUUCGUGACGCGCCGGCCAAGGUGGAGAAUGCGAUUGAGGUCCCCGAGACGGCCAAAGUGCAUCAUAUGACCACGGUCUGGUUGAACGGAACCAGCGGGAGCGAGAUCACGCACAUUGUUAACGGGAGGGGCGGACGGGUAUACGCGAACAGCCCCGAGGAGGCAAUGCGGCAGACCUUGCAUGAGUACCCCUGA